AUCACGAGGUAAACAGAAUCAUCCAGUUAUUGUAACCCAGUCUUUUCCUGCAGUAGAAUCGAACUAAAUCACCUGUACCGCAAAGUUGUAGCUUAAACCGACGAAAUCCAAGCGUUAAUAUAGUGCGAGGGACACGUCGAAAUCGUCUACCUAUAUUGUUCGCGUUUGAUGGCGCAAUAGAAAUUCAUUGCAUUACCAACGAGUCAGUGAGAAGCGAGAGUUCUAGCAGGUGUCACGCAACCAGUAGUUAAGUAACAAUGUAUCAAGAUAAUCCACCACCAUACAGUAAGGCUGGGCAACACUCAGGAAUGGGACCGCCCCCAACAGGUAUGGCACCACCACCGCCCGGUAUGAAGCCAGAAUACAGUUCUUCAAUGCCCUAUAACCCACCUCCUGCUGAUGCUCAGGCCACUCAUGUGUUUAUUACUUCUGGACCUCAUGUAGUUUUAGGACCUAAUCCUCAGCACAUGAUUUGUCCAUCCUGCCAUGCACAGAUCACCACGUCAGUGAAAACAGAACCAAAUACGAAAACACAUUUAUUCGCUUUACUUUUAUGUCUGUUUCAGUGCUGGCUUUGCUGCUGCAUUCCAUACUGUGUUGAUUCUUGUCAGAGUCAGAACCAUUAUUGUCCAAGCUGUGGAGCAUAUUUGGGAACAUUUGAAAACUGAAGUAGACUGAUUGUAUUGAAGUUUUAUAUGUUUGUUUUACUAUCCAGUAGUAUGCAUUAUGUAUAAUUUUUUCUAAAUUUUAAGAGGGAAAGAAAACAAACUAUCGCUAUUUGCUAGAUAACUAAUGACAUUUCAUAUAUUCUUAUAAGUUUACCUACCUAAGAGCGCGUAAACUUCUAAAAAGAAUCGCGAUAUGCCAUGUGAACGAAUUUUAAAUUUGUAUAUAGCCAUCAUUGUAUAAUUUUCAUAAAUAGCCAAACGUAACAACUGUUUCAUUUUUAAUGUAAGGUCUGUAGAUUUAAUUGCAUCGUCCUGCUAAAAACUUAGUGAUUCAUUACUUUGUACGUUCCUGUGGCUUUGUAACAGUAUGUACCGAAAAUGUCGUAAUUUUGUACAUAACGAAUUACUUAUAAACCAGUUUUAUUUGACUAUACAGUAUCUGUUGAUUUAGCGAUAUUUCGUAAAAUUUGAAAAAUUAUUUGUUUAAGUAUGCCAAAAACUCGAGCUGUGUCGCAUGCAAUGGUGUUUUUGCAUACACAUUUAUGUACACCACUGCAUAUAAUGCCAAAUAUACACGACACGAGAGUUUUUUUUUUACUCUUAUUUUGUGUUUAGGUUUAGUAAAGUUAAGGCAUAAUGUGAUACAAACCUUUAUAACGAGUGUUCAAAUAAAAACGACAUCAAGUUGGGUUUGGAAAUGUGAACGGAUCAUUCACUAAGCCCUAAAUUCACAUUUACAAAGUCAGCCGUUUUUAUAUGAACGCUCGUUAUAAUUAAAAAGUUGUGUAAAUAAAAUUAAAGUAUAUGUUAAGUUUCUAUAGAAAUAGUGAUUAGUGUAACUAGUAGGUACAUGAAAUGGAACAUCAGCGCACAAGAAUAAAAUUUUUGAGCCUCUUAUAGCCCAGUUGAAAAAAUCAGUAAAGAACAUUAAAAAUGUUUCAGGAACUAGUUGCAGACAUUUUUUUAACAACUGUACUCUACAAAAAUAAUAUAAAAUCGGAUUUUAUAUUUACUGCAAAUUUUUAAACCCAAAGCAGCUUUUUUCGGUUACUGUAGAGAUACUGUUGUUUGAAAAUUAACUUGUAUCCAUUAAAUAUGCAUAUAUUUGUAGUUACAAUUUUUGUUAAAAUAAAACUAAAAAUUAGCGAUAAAAAAAAACAAUAGAAGUGCACAUCUCCGAAAUAUCAGAAUUUGACGUCUCGGCGAUUACAAAUUUGCUUGAAAAAAGUAACGGCGAAUAUAAUACGCAAGUGGUGUGUUUAAACAGUGUACAAGAAAAACAGAAUUAUUGCAACCCCGGAGAAUAUUCUAGCCUAUUUUUGUUUUACAUCGUUUUAAUUUUGGAAGUUUCGGAUGCAUCUGCACAAAAUGAGUGACAACAACAGAUGCGAGUGUAUUGGAUCUAUUAUGUCAAUUAUUAUAAAGCACUCGAGUCUAAAACUUUUUCUGAACGCACCUUUACAAUUUCAAAUUUCCACCAUAUGGAAAUUAUCGAAAAUAUGCGGAUCUGGUGGUAUUGCUUUUUCAUCAGUUAUUGUACCGCGCCACGAAGAAUUGUCUUCAAGUUCUUAUGUCUUAUUGAAACAGCACCAUUUUCAUCUAGAGUAAAAUAUGCCACUGCACUACCGUUAAUGUUAGUCUAAUAAUAAGAAACUGUCAUAUAGUGUCAUUUGUGAUUCUUAAAUAAAGUUCGUGAAUCACUACGAAA